ACCGGAAGUACUAAGACAACUUCCGGGUUUAUUUGUAAUAUUGGCGGUCUGCGGGUGAACGCUGCUGUUUCCCCUCCCUGAUCUUUUUCCUUUAACUAACCGCUGUUUUGACGUUUAUAUACUUUAAUGGUUGUCCUUACUUGACAAAAUGAGGUUAAGGUUGUUGACGUUUUGUUUAAUCUAGUCCCAGAUGAGCGGCGAAGAGUUAAAGACACUCCUAAAGUUAAGCCUCAGAGUUUGUAGCUAACGGGCUAACUGCGCUGAGUGUCGCAGUAACUUCACUCAGACCUUUGGCAUUUUUUUAUCCUGGAAAACGUGACUUAUCCGAACCUUUUAUCAUGGAGAAUACAGCAGCGAUGCAGAAAAGAAACGGCAAAUAUCUGUGGUUUGCGAUACUCGGUUUGGGUUUUAAUCCUGAGACGGAAAUCUCUAAUUUAGCCAUAAAAAGCAGCACAAAACACAUCAACCUGGGCCCGACGAUGUUUGACAAACCAAAUAAGGAUGCGUUUUAUAUUGUGACACAUUUUCUACUGGAAAAGCUAAAUCCAACAAGAUUUAACGAAUUAUACAGGCACUGUUGGCCUGUCCUGAACCACAAAGCGGAUGCGGAGUUUAGAAAAGUCACCUGCGCAUGGCUGAGGGAAAUAAUGGAUGAGACGGCCAACGCAGGGUCCAAGGUCCAGCCGUCUUUGUUUCUCUCUCCUGGAGGCCCCAAAUUUGUGACUUUGAUGCUUCACUUGUCUAAUCACGUCAUGCUGCAAGAAAUGAAGACUUUCAACACAGACGGCAGCUGGGUUCCUGAGGCGGCGGCUUUCCCUGCGUCCUCUGUGGAUAUGGCAAUGAAGAGACUGAACCUGAUCCGAGCCAGGUUUAUGAAAACUGCUGUAGAUCAGGACCGCUUCCUCCACGAGUAUCAGAGAAGAGCCCAGGCCCUGGUUAAGUCUGUGAGGGAAACUCAGGCUGAAGGCGCGAAGUACGAUGAGCUGCUCAAGCGAUACAGCGAUGACACUGUGCCAGACCAAGCUUCUCUUGUUGAAAAGGCCAGAAAGGUGCGUGCCUUGUGGUCAACCAUUGAAGGAAUUGUUUCAUCGACCCAAGAGGAGCGUCAUUCAGUGCAGUGCGUCUUAAAAGGAGAUGUCGAUCAAUACACACUCGAUGGGACCGAAAAGGCUCUCAAAAUCUCCCCCAGUUUGUUGGAAAGGAUCGAGCAGCUUCCUCAUCCGUUGAGUUCUGGGAAUGUCUAUGAAGCCGGGCAGCUGAACCUCCUGAGUGUGCUCGAGCUGACGAACCACGCGCUGCAGCUGUUGAAGGAAGAAAAGGCUAAAGUUUCCCCUUGGCCUAAAACGCUCCUCGUACCUGAACAGCUGCAAGAAAAAUGUCAGCGAAUGAGCCGCGUUCUGCAGGAGCUCCACCUCAUUAGGCAAAAAAUCUCAAAAGAAGAGGUUCCUGAAGUCAAGGCGGCCAUUAGAGAGUUGGAGCUGGAGUGGGACAGGAAGUGGAGUGAUGUUCUUCGAACUACGCCACUGAUGGCUUUUCUGAAUGAAGAUCCCGCUCUUGGCUUUUUGUCGCCAAUGGCUCCACUGUCUUUCGAACCUGCUCCAGAAGCAAGUUUUAAAAGUAGCAUAUUCACCCAGUAUCCUGCAAAACUACUUGAUAAACCACUGGAAAAGCCAAGAAAUGAACUGGUUACCAAGCUGCCAAUGACUAAAAGUAAUAUUCGUUCGGACUUGGGUGAAAACGACGUCCCUGCGCCGCCGACCGAAGCCUCAUCUCGGGGAAAUACUUCUUUAGACUGGCUGUUUGAAGGCCCCUCACCGCCCAAGACUGAACCAGCUCCACUGUCUGAAGUUGUGAAAUCCAGCGCUGCAUCAAACGUCUCCAAGGCCACGCCACGAAGAUUGAAGAGUGAAAUAAUUGAGUUGGAGUGUGAAAAUCUGGCGCAUCAGUUUGCAGAUGCAGUAACUACAACUGACGCUACACCGGGCCACGCCAAAGGUCUGGACUUGGAAGAUCUUCUGAGCACGAUUCACGGAGACCCUUUUUCUACCAGAAAGCAGCUGCCGCGAACACCUGAGAGCUUGAUCAUGGAUGUCAAAAGUUCCUGGCGAAAGGCGGUUGAAGAGGACAAAGCCGAGAGACUGCGCUCAACCAAACUCAGCGACAGCAUAUUGGGACACCUCACUCCUCUCGGCGAACCUGCUUUUAGUUUCCAAAGCCCGUUUGCUCCUCCCCCGGAUAAACCGAAACUGAGCCCUCCCCCUCCUGAAACCACGCCCUCCGUCUGCCAGCAGGGGGCCAUGAUGAAAUCCAAUUUGGGAUGGGACACUUUCAACACGGAGAUGGACAGUCCGAGCGGUACAGGCAGCAGCGCGGUCCAGUUUAGUCUUGACCACGAAACACUCCCUGAAAUGCCAAGUUGUGAUAGUUUCUUAAGCCUCGACGAUGUGGAUAUAAAGAGCGAGGAGGAAGAGGCGUCUCCCGAUGAACAGACAGGACUGAAACGCUCUGAGAACUUGUUUGCUGGUCAAAUAAACCAACCAGACACCAACCUCCUGUCUCCUGAGCUCCCUACGCUGGACAGGGAUUGGGCAGUGGACCCGGUAAAGUCGGAUAAAACUGGGGAUAAAAAGUUUUCUCUGGAUUUUGACACACUGGGUUCACCGUCCACACCCACUCAAGAAUACAGCCUGCCCAAACUGAUCACGUUUUCACCCAUCGAUGACAUGAGCACGAGUUAAUGAACUUAUUCUAUAAACUAUUUUGAGGUCAUUCGCUGUACAUAACUGUAAACUUAACAUAUUUUUUUUACUCUAAACACGCAGUGAAUUUUCUGCAAACUCAAAUUGUACAUAUAAUUUACUAACUUGUACAUAUUGUGUUUAUGUAGAAUGUCUUAAUAAAAAUCUCACAGCUUGUAAUAAAAUAUCUUCUGGUAAUUUUCACUUCUGAUGUAACUCCAAAAAAAACACCUGUUGCUCUUGAAAUAUUGUACUUGCACUAACCAGGCGACAGGGGGCGCCAAGCACUGGGUUACUGUGGGUUGUAAAGUACUGUAAACACGUAGAGAACACCGGAAAUGCAGUAUUUAAUAAAGUUUUGGUGCAAAAUGU